GAGUAAAAGUAGGUGUUCAGGGAUCAGUUUUCUGCUUGGAAUAAAUAGACAGUUCUAUCUUUUUGUUGUUGCUGUUUUGUUUUUAAUGCACUGAUCUCAGAUGAAAACAUGCAUCCAGACUCCAGUGCUGAGUUCGACCCAUCUUCCAGCUGUAGCGCGGCAUCUCCUGGCGGGGACACCCCUGGGUGCAGCCAGCAUCCUCCUGACUCGCUUUCAUCAUCAGUGGACGGCGCCAAGGAUGGUGUCACCAGCGCAGCAGCCUCCUUUAUUCCCACUGUGACUGCAGUCUCAACAUCGCCAGAGCUAAAGUGGAUGGUGCAGCCGGCAGCCAUCACAUCUGUCUCUCCAGCGUGCGGCCGUGCCAAAGCCAAGACUCAUGGCGCAAGGCAGUCGUCUUCCCCAGCAGGUGCAAAGAAGGCGAAAACCUCAAACAGGAAGGGGCCAAAAGAGCAGCCUUCCAAAGAGGAGGAGGAAAGGAGGAGGAUCAGAAGGGAGAGGAACAAGAUUGCUGCAGCAAAGUGUCGCAACAGACGGAGGGAGCUGAUAGACACCCUUCAAGCUGAAACAGAUUCGUUAGAAGAAGAGAAGUCUACCCUCAAGACUGAGAUAGAUAACCUACUGAAAGAGAAGGAGAGACUGGAGCACGCCUUAGCCUCCCACAAACCCUCCUGCAAACUCAUUGAAAAUGAUGAUAGUGACAGGGAGGAGGAUGAUGCUAACUCAAUGCUGCAGGAUCCUCCGGCCUCCCCCCAGCUGCUUUCCAUUCUGGAGAAUGUAAAAACACCAGAAAGCAGCACGACAAUUGGAGAAGUCCCUGCUGGUCUAGACAUGGACGGUGGCACUAGCAUCCCUGCCGCAGCCAUUCUGGGGAACUCCGACAUCCUCCUAUGCUCCAGCGUAGAAGAGGACAGCUUGGAGGACUUAAAAGGAGACGACCUGGAUGACUUGGUGCCCAGCCUGGAGAUGACAAUGACCUCCGAGACGGCCGCGUCGGUCCCUGACAUAGACCUGAGCGGACCCUUAUGCCUCCCAGACUGGGAAACCCUGUACAAGUCUUUGGCAAGCGACCUUGAAUCUUUAAGCACACCAGUCAUGUCUUCCAGUCCCACUUGUAGCAAUUACCGCACAGUGUUUUCCUUUAAUUACUCUGAGAUUGAAUCCUUGGCUGAGAGCUGCGAGGGCCUCAAAGGCAGCCUCGGUGCAUCUGAGUUAAUGAAAGAUAGUCUUAACUCUCCAACACUUCUGGCCUUGUGAAUGCAAAGAAGAUAUGCAACAAUUAUUGUAGAUGUAUUAUAACCAGCCAGCAAGCUAUGUUCUCUCUCAAAUAAUCCUUUGUUGUGUGCGCUUUGAUGAUCUGUAAACCUCAACAUCAAAGUUUGUGCAUAGAUGAUGUGUUUUCUGUGACUGUAACUGGGUUGAAUCUUCCAUAUUGUUACAAUUGUCUGAGAUGAGAUUUUGUGCCAGUAUCAAAAUGCAUGCAAGUACAAAUCAUCUGUAUUCCAAAAUGAUGUAGUAUCUAUAUCUUGUGUUUUUUAGAAUCUACAUGUGAUGUGC